AUGAGUCUGGACGGCAUACUCGACAGAUUGCUCGUGGAGAUGGAGGACGGCCGAGAGCUACCGCAGGAGCAGGAGCAGGAGCAGGAGCAGGAGCAGGAGCAGGAGCGAGUGGACGUACAAGAAGAGGAACCGGUGAUUGAGCAGCCUCAGGAUUUGUCUACGCAUUACCCGGAGACACGUGUGUACUUUCCAUGGGCCUCACAAGUUCUCAGCAAUUUGAGGUACGUUCCUAGGUUCGGGCUACGUUUCGGGAUCUCACUCUUUGCGCUAGAUCAGUUUUUCAUGUUUCCACAUAGAUAUUCUCAUUCGGUUCAUUAACUAAUAAGCAACCUCGUUGUUAGAUCCGCAUCAACGAUUCUGACUUAUUAUCAUCGCGCAGAUACUAAUGAAGUCUGCCCUUUGCUCAAUUCCGCUCCAACCACACGUCUAUGCACGCGUGUAGCCACUAAUUGAAGGUUUUGAUUUGCGUUUCUGGGCUAAUUGAAAAUCGUACUAGUGUGGUAUACACAUGUGAUAAUGAUAAUGCGCGAGGUUUUCGAGUCGGCGAAAACAACCUUGCUAUCAGUAAUGAGGAAAAGGGACUAGCCGAAUGAGUAAGCAUUCACUAUGACUUUCCAUCUUGACUCAGCCCCGGUUCUUCCCUUCAAACUUUGGUCUUUAAGCGAUAUGAACUCAGAAAUACAAAGCAUUCGAGGGGAGGCAAUUACCAUGAAACCGAAAAUGAGUGGCGCUCAAUUUCCGAUAAUAGAACAAAAGCAUGCGGCUAAAAGAAAAAAAUGUGCACUCACCCGAUGCAUUCUGGCGCUCAUGCCGCUGCCAUAAAGAAUCGAAUGUGAUUAGCUUCAUUUCUCAAGUAGAAUGUGUAGGAAUAAGAAGCCAAAGAGACUGAAGAGCCGGCGAAACCACUCACACCUCAGUGCACCAGCGCCGAAUGUGACGUCGUUAAUCCGUUGUCAGCUUAUGGGCUGAGCCCGAGCAAUGUUGCUCCGCCAGUGGAUGUGGAUAAAGUCCCACGCUCUGAAUUAUUUUGAGACGGAAGACACGUGAAACCGGAUUUGUCUGUGUGUGUGAGAGAGAGAGAGAGAGAGAGAAAAAAAAUAGUGCUCGGAUUGAGAAUUACGAAACAAAAGGAAAUAAAACUUCGGAAGUGAAGCCGGAUGUUGAACUAAUUGAGAGCUAGCGGGGUGGUUCCAGACUGAUGGGUACGUGAAAACGCUGUGAGGGAUGUCAGGUAAAGGCUUGGGGGUUUGAAAUUUUGAAUAGCUUUUAGUCUGCAUGCAGGGCUGGGCAAAAAGUCGGCCCAUGAAUUUUGAAGGGCUGUGGUAGCCUGAACUUUUGGUUCACUGCGCCGUCCGUCUAUGCUACUAAUUCCAAGUAUUGCCGCAUUGUAAAUGUCAGUAAUGAUCAGUUUCCACACAAAUUAAAAGGUUUUCCCUCUUCCGCUACUUCUCUAGCCCAACUCCUCUUUGUUUUUGUGCUCCUCGAGCCGUUUGUCAACAUGUUUUAUCGGAAGCGUGCCGCAUUCACUCCUCUUCUAUCUAUACAUACACAGCUAUCGGACCAAGAUAUCAGCAUGAUAAAUUGUUGUUUUUGCGCGAAAAUACAGAGGAAAAUUGAGGUGAAAUAGCAAACGGCAGUUCGACGAUAAUAUCAUUACACUAAACGUCCCUCGUGCGUUCCUCGAAAAAUGUAAACUAUUUUGGGUAAACAGAAGUUUUGCCCAAAAAGAAAAACGGACAAUCUGUCAUUCGGUUUUUGGGUGCGAAAAACUGCCAACUCUUCCUUCAAAUCCAUCAUCUUCUCGGCGUUUCCCGCACCCUUUCUUCCUCUUCCUCUAAAUUUCAUUUCAUUCUAUGUAAUUAGGUCGGUGCGCAACGCAGUGCAGUGCCUUCGCCCCGCACUUCAUUACGUGUCAUUAAUGAACGUGUUUCUUUCUCUAGCACCUCUUAGGCUCUCACCUUUGUCGUUUGGUUAUCAGUUUUAACCUCGUGACCAACUUAAUCAAUACUCAAUUUUCAGUAAACAUUGUGUAUAUGCACAUUCGCCAGUUCAGAUUUUUAUAACUUUUCUCUCCUAUAUCCCAGAUAUUUCAGCAUAAUGCAAGCAGGUCCGUUAUCCGAGCAGGCGAGCCAGUUGCUUACAACUUUUCUCGGGAAACAGUCCGCAUCGUCUGGAUUGUUCCUUCAGCUGCCUUCCAACGUUCCAAAGGAAGAUGAGCCAAAAGAGGAUGGAGACCAUGAAGCGGAGAGAGAGAGUGGAAGACAAUCCGAGCAAAGUUCGUCGAGUUCCAGCCGUGAAAGUCCUGGACAAAGUGCUCACGUCUCUGAGGCAAAGCAACAUGGAAACAAACGUCCUCGGAUGGCUAAAAGAACUUUUCCGAUCGAGGAAGAUGAGACUGUUGCCCCGAAGCAGUACCCGAAACGCCAGAGAUCUCUGAGAGCUCAGCUCACUUCGGCUGCUGAGACUUCCGAAUAUUCCAGGGCUGAGGAAAUCGUCGACGGAACUGGAACUGACCAGAUUCAGAUGGCGAAAGUGAAUUUACCGCAUUUGCCGCCGUCUGGAAAGAUUUUGAGACUCGAACAGAUCGUCAAAGAGCAUUUCGAGCCAAUGAUUGAGGGUUUGUAUGCUCUCGCUGAAAAUGCAAAUAAAACCAGACAUGCUCAAAUGUUCGGGCAUCAGAAAGACCUAAAGAGUUUGGCCAAAAAUGUGAGAUUGAAAACCACUUUAUUCUUUUCCAAGUCAUGUGCGUUUACAGAUUCAAGCGGAAUACAGUCACUGGCAGAAUGUGAUCGCUUACGCCCACCAGUAUAUUGGUCGCAAGCGCCUUCCCUCCGAGGUUCAUUCCACACUCAACUCGUAUGUUCUCUCCACUAACCUGAUUGACGUUUGGAUGACAAUAGCAAUAAUAUUUCAGCCUUCUCGAUCACUACCGCAACAAUUAUCCGGAUCAGAUUCCGAAUGUGAUGAAGAAAUUGUCUGGCAUCUUUAAUAGACCAGAAAAGACAUUGGAGAUGAGCCUAAAGCGAGCUUCGGUAAUUGGGACACAUUUUUGAGUUAUUUCUAGUGGUUUCUCUUCAGACCUGGGCGAACAAGAACACAGUGAAUGCUCAGGAAAACAGUCCUGUUAUGGAAGUUGGGGAAGUUGAGGAGGUCAAUGCAGUUCCGGAAGAGCAGCAACCGGAACUUGAAAAUCAACAGCCGGAGCAAGUAGCAGAACCAAAAGAGCCUCAAGAAGAGCCGGCCCGAGAUCCGGAAUCGACAUCCAAGUUGCAGGUCGCCCAACCGGAUGUGGUGGCAGAAGUUCCAACCGAACUUAUCCCAACUGUUGCUGACAAUGCCCAGCCAAUUGUAUGAAAUCUCUGAGUACUAGAGCGUUACAUAAGAAAUUUCAUUUCAGGCUCAAGUUGCUCCUCUUCCAGUUGCCUCUGGCCCAAUCGUGAACUUGCUUCCGCAGCUACUUCGAGGACACGGAAAAGAAAUCGUAAUUGUUGGCUGACAUACUCAUUGCAUCGUCUUUUUCAGACUCCGGAAGAUACCAAGAACCUGGUUCUGUACACCAGUCUCCUUUCCCAACUGAACAUGGCUUCCGUCCUCGGAGUCAACCCAGGAUCAGUUCAACUUCCGUGA